UUGAAGACUGGAAAAUUACGAUUAGGCUCAAGGCUCAAGAACUUACAGAUGUCAACGGACCGGCUAUUGAAAGUGGCUACUGCACCUAUUGGAGAGCCAUCUGAGUCUCAAAACCCCACGAAUGACGAUCGAUCGUCUGGGAAAAGUUCUCCUUCAGCCAUCAGGUCUCGCUUUCGGGCUGGCGUCCAAGCAGUCACUGCAGCUCAAAGGGUCGUCUCGGGACCAUCCAACCCGACCUUCCACUCCUCACCGACGACCAAUCAUUCAUCCCAACAGCGCUACCAGUGGAACCACACCGGCCCACUCGAACCUGGCAUCAACCCAAACCAACCUCAGCCUCAGUUUGCCCAUCUCUCAAACCAACCGGUCUCCGUCAACCUCGUAGACUAUUCCGACUCACAAGUCCGAUUCCAAUCCUUCGAACCUUCCCUCGCAUCCGAGCUCAAGCGUCUGGAACGCGCCAUCCGCUCUGAACCUAAUCCGUCCACAUCGAACAACCAAGCCCACGAGCAGACUUCCAGGCCCCCAUGGGCUGCUGUGCGAUGGAUUAAUGUCAAUGGUCUCAGCUGGGAAGUGAUCAGGCUACUCGCGAUUCACUAUCAACUACAUCCUCUUGCAGUCGAGGAUUGUCUGCACACAUCGGCUCGCUCUAAGAGCGAGUACUACAAGCAACACCUCUUCGUCCAUGCGGCGGUGCACACCUUAGAAGAAAACCCAGAUCUGCUCAUUCCAUCCACUGCUACUGUUGAGAAGAAGGACUCAAAACCUUCAGCCACCACCGAUCAGCCGUUAGAGGGAGGACUCCUCGAUCCCGAUAUCGACCCUACCGAUUCCGUCCCCACCUAUAAAUCCACCGAUCACACUCACGAAACCGCCGACCAGCCAAUCAUGGACCUCGGCACUGCAACAAAUAUUCAUGGGAUCCCAGGGAAGGAGGUCUUUGAUGCCGAGCGCGAAGUCGUCAGACAACUGACCAAAGAUUACAAGGUCCGAGUUCAUGUCGAGAAAUUGUCGAUAUUCUUGUUACGCGACGGGACUCUGAUCACGAUCUUUUCACACGGCGGGUCCAAGAGCGUCUUACCGAUCCUUGCCAGAUUGAAGUCAAUGGACACCUUGCUCAGAAGCUCGGCGGAUGCGUCGAUGCUACUUCAAGCCGUACUCGAUAUCGUGGUUGACCAAGCCCUGGAUGUCGUCGAAGCGUUCCGCUCUAAGCUGACCGGCCUUGAAGCCAAAGUGCUCGUUUCUCCUGACCUCGAUACCGUGCGGCAUUUGCAUGUGUUGUCUGGGGAACUGUUGCUUCUCAAGCGAACGCUCAAUCCUCUAUCCACUCUAGUCCAUGGAAUCAUGAACCACGAUCCUAGCGAGAGGAAGAUCACCAACUAUCGUGGUACUCAGCGGUCAUCGGAAUCCGAAGGAGGCCCGGCUGAAGAUUUCCGGUCGAUCGAGCCUCGGGCGAGCGCGGCUAACUUAUGCACCGGCUUUCUGUCUUCACAAGCUAAAGUCUAUAUGUCUGAUGUUUUGGACCAUAUAGACAGUGUUUUAAGUUCACUUGAAUUGUUCAGUGGCUUGGCUUCCAAUCUGGUCGAUUUCACAUUCAAUACGAUGAGCUUCUCAACUAACGAAUCGAUGCGACAGCUCAGCAUUGUCACGAUCAUCUUCUUACCCUUGACGUUUCUCACCGGGUAUUUCGGAAUGAACUUUGUGAAGUUUGAUGCCAUUCAAAAAUCAGAUGCCUUUUUCUGGUUUCUAGCGCUGCCGAUCACUACCGUCUUGGUCUUGGUGUUCACCUGUCAAGGAGUCAAGCGAAAGAUGCAAUUAAAAUCAACGGCAUUCAAAGUCCAACUUCAAAAAUAGACCUCUCGCUCAACAUGCAUAGGUAGAUACAGAUACAUACAUACAUACCUGGGGGUUGCUCUUCUUCAAUAACGUUGUCUAGGGAGUGUAUUCCAUGCUUGUAUGGUAAUAAUGUAAUAUAUGGUACUUGGGAAAAAAGAUACUACUUGAAUAGAGUGGGCGAUAGAAGAAUUCCGAGCAGAUUGGCAUCUAUUUUUAUUAAUUUUAUCGAUUGUCUUUUUUUUUUCUCUUGAUGUUUCUUUGUUUUCAUGCAUCUGUACACCCACUUGUAAAAUUGUUGUUUCAUUGCACGACCUGGGGAUAUUGACCUUCUUUAUUGUGUCUUGUAUGACUUCAUGUAGCGGUCCACUGUGUAACUGUAACAAAAAAAAAACGGGGCUUGAUGUAACUUAGAUAACUACAAGGCUUGUAGAUUCAGUGUGGGUUGUUUCUCACUCGACUAUGUGUUUUUUUCUUCUAUCGUCAUCAUCAUCAUCCAUGUGGGAAAGAUGCAAGACAGAAAACAAGCUGGCUCAGUUGGGUUUGAUGAAUGUUAUGUUGGUGAAAUGAAAUAACUACUUUUUGGACUUCACGU